AUGCCGCACAGGGCAAUGGACGAGCAGCGAAGGGCUCUCGCCGAGGAAGGUCUGAAGUAUUCUGCUGUGGCCCCUUUGGUGGAAGCCAUUUGGUCGAAGUACGGCUACGGCACGAAAGGCUGGGAUCCCGAUGGUUGUGUGAAGCAUUUCAAGACCGUUCUUGAGUUGAUGCAGAAGAACUCGAUCUUUGCCACUGUCGUAGCAAGUGGUGAUCAUGUUGCAGAAAUCGUGAAGAACCCAGAAGACUACUCGCAAGCACUGAUAGAUUUGGCCAAGGAAUUGAGUGACCCAGACAUGGGGCAGGAUGACGCGAAGGAUGUGGAAGACGACUGA